AUUACAUUCGUAUUUAUGCUGUGAACAAAUGACCAAGUUUUUUAUAUAGAUAAAGUCUGAAGGUCAGUAUUGUGAUACGUAUUGCAUCGCAACAUAAGAAUCGCAAUAUGCAUCGCACAUUAUCAAAGUAUGCAAUAUAUAUCGUGAAUCGCAUCGUUUGGAAAUGCAAGUAUCGUGAUAUGCAUCGUGACAGAAAAAAAUGGCAAUGCACAGCCCGAGUAGCUUACACAUUGUUUGUGUUAAAAUACUGAAAAGUUAUAAACCUAUUGUGUAUUUCUUAGAAUUUCCAAGGGUUACUUAGCAAUGUGAAUUAAAUUCUAGCUGGGCUGUAUGUCAGUCACAGGGUGAGAAAAAAGUGCAGCCGUCAUGGACUCGAACCUGUGAGUUGCGAACCCGUGACCCUCAGAAUACCGUACCACGGCUGUACUUAUUGAGCUGCCCUGUCGCUUCCACAUUGUAUGUGCUUAAUAGUGAAUACCUCUAAAUUGUGACAAAUACAGUUAAAUAGUUAAAGAAAACAGGAUAAACUGUCCGAGGAUUCGUAUCGUAAAAUGGCUGCCAUUUACAGUAUCAAAUUUUCUCUUACAUUGGUCGGAUAAUGGAAGAUAUGAUAUUCGGAUUGAUUCACUUGAACAUCAAUGACCACAAACGAGACUAACGUUAAAGAUUUAUGAAGCCACAUCAAAUUAUAUGGGCAGCUGUAUAAUAGCAUGUUUUAUGCUUUCUCAAAAGCACUAAGGGCUCUUUUCUCUAUCAAGGAAGUACAAGCUGAGACAAGCUGGAAAGUAAUAUAAACACAUUGUGGGAAACUGUCAAAAAGUUGUGGUUGAACAGAAAUAAGACGCUCAGCUGAUGCAAAAUAACACAUAGAUGUGAUGUUUUGAAAAAAACAUUUAUUCAACGAAGUUCUCUGAACACACAUAUGGCAAAACACACUGGCGAGAAAAAUCAUAUAUGUGGAAUGUUUGAUGAAGCAUUUUCUCUACGAAGUUAAUUGAACAAACACUUGACAAUGCACACUGGAGAGAAGAAACAUAAAUGUUUAGUAUGUGAUAAAGUGUUUUCUCAACAAUGUAAUUUGAAAGUGCAUAUGACAAUACACACUGGCGAGAAGAACCAUGAAUGCAAAGUGUGUUAUAAAGCAUUUUCUGUACGAAGUCGUUUGGUCAGGCAUAUGACAAUACACACUGGUGAAAAAAAUCAUAUUUGUCUAAUGUGUGAUAAAGCAUUUUCUCAACAAAGAUAUUUGAACCAGCACUUGACAAUACACACUGGCGAGAAGAAUCAUCAAUGUAAAGUGUGUUAUAAAGCAUUUUCUCAACAAAGUACUUUGAACACGCAUAUGAAAAUACAUAUUGGCGAGAAGAAUCAUAAAUGUGAAGUGUGUGAUAAAGCAUUUUCUCUACGAAGUUAUUUGGACAGUCAUAUGAUAAUACACUCUGGCGAGAAAAAUCAUAUAUGUAAAAUAUGUGAUAAAGCAUUUACUCAACGAAGUGCUUUGAACACACAUAUGACAAUACACAUUGGCGAGAAGAAUCAUAAAUGUGAAGUGUGUGAUAAAGCAUUUUCUAAACAAAGUAAUUUGAACAAACAUAUGAAAAUACACUCUGACGAGAAAAAUCAUAUUUGUACAAUAUGUGAUAAAGCAUUUUCUCAACAUAGUUAUUUGAACAGGCAUAUGAAAAUACACACUGGCGAGAAGAAUCAUCAAUGUACACUGUGUGAUAAAGCAUUUUCUGUACGAAGUACUUUGAACAGUCAUAUGACAAUACACACUGGUGAGAAGAAUCAUAUAUGUAAAAUGUGUGAUAAAGCAUUUUCUUUACGAAGUAGUUUGAUCACACAUAUGACAAAACACAUUGGUGAGAAAAAUCAUGUAUGUAAAAUGUGUGAUAAAGCAUUUUUUCUGCGGAGUCAAUUGAUCAGGCAUAUGAAUUUAAAUCAGCAUAUGACAAUACACACUGGCGAGAAGAAUCAUAUAUGUAAAAUGUGUAAUAAAGCAUUUUCUCAACGAGGCAAUUUGACCAAGCAUAUGAAAAUACACACUGGCGAGAAGAAUCAUCAAUGUAAAGUGUGUGAUAAAGCAUUCUCUCAACGAAGUACUUUGAGCAGUCAUAUGACAAUACACACUGGUGAGAAGAAUCAUGUAUGUGAAGUGUGUAAUACGGCAUUUUCUUUACGAAGUAUUUUGAUCAAACAUAUGACAAUACACACUGAUGAGAAAAAUCAUAAAUGUAAAAUGUGUGAUCAAGCAUUUCGUCUACAAAGUCAUUUGAUCAGGCAUAUGAAUUUAAAUCAGCAUAUGACAAUACACACUGGUGAGAAGAAUCAUAUAUGUGAAGUGUGUGAUAAAGCAUUUUCUCAACGAAGUAGUUUGAACCGGCAUAUGACAAUACACACUGGUGAGAAGAAUCAUAGAUGUGAAGUGUGUGACAAAACAUUUUCUCAACGAAGUAGUUUGAACCAGCAUAUGACAAUACACACUGGUGAGAAGAAUCAUAAAUGUAAAGUGUGUGAUAAAGCAUUUUCUCAACGAGUAACACUGAAGACACAUUUAAAAAUACAUACUAAAUACAAGGAAAAAAUAGAUAAAGGACAUUUGUGAUUAUUUAUUUUCUAAUUACUGUUAUCUUUUCUCACAUACAUGUAUAUGGCAAAACAUGCUGGCGAGAGUAACACAAUUGUGAAAUGUGUGAUAUAGCGUUUUGUACUUGAGGUAGUUUCAUCACACAUACAUGUAUGGCAAAAUGCUGGUAAAAGAAAACCUUAUUGUGGUUUGUGCAAUUCAGCGUUUCUCAUCGAGGUUCUUUGAACAAACAAAAUAAUUGAUAUAACAGAUUUAUAUUGAUCUGACAGAUCAAAACAUAAAUAUGAAUUGAAUGAAAAUUUAUUUUAUGAAGAAGUACAAUGUAGUUUAAUUACUCAUUAUGUUAAUACACACUAUAGAGAAGAAAUAUGGAUGCUAAUUUGAGAUAUUUAUAUAUAAAAUGACCUUCAAACACAUAUUACAAGCCACAGAAAGAGAAAUGUACAUUAUUCGUAAGUCAUCAUUCAUACUUAUGCGACCACUUAAAUAAUUAUGUGAAAUAUUAGAUCAACUAUCAGUCGACAAAAGUACUCAAAAUACAAAUGUCAAUUUUUACUCGCGGGAAGGAACAUAGAUUCGGUGUUUGAAGAAAUUGUGGCAUUGAAUGAUGUUAUAUUAUCAGACAUAUAUGAUAACUCACUAACUACUGAAGGGAAUGGAUUGAAACUUCACACAUUUGUUCUCUGUGAUUAUCUAAGAUGAUUGGCAUAAGUCCUAUCACUCUGAUUUGCUUUUUUACAUAAUUAUUCACUGGCAAUAACGAUGAAGUCGAAUUCGCGAUAACAAAUUUAUGUAAAUUUGACCAUCAGACACAUAGAGGCCAAAGAUUAACAGAGUCUGUUAUUUGGUAUAUUUUGUGUCCCGUCCAUAACUUCUUUAUAGAUCAAGGGAUUUUUAAAAUACUUUGCACAAAUAGUUACAAUAAUAAGAUGAUAUGUUAUGCACAACACCUGCACCACUACCUCCAAGGUCAAAGUCACACUUAGAGGGACAAAGCUUAACAUGAUAGAUUUUUAAAUUCCGUGUUUCAUUUUAUUUCUGUUGCAUUUGCAGAUCUAGCAUUGAUCAUAAUUUUGGGCUGAAAGUCCUGAGUUCCAUACCCUAAUCUUUUGAAAUAGCACAAUUUUAUGCUUCAUAUAAAACUUCCCCGAGGCGGGGGACGUUGGUAACUCUGUUACAAAUUCUUAUUUAAUUUGUUUCGAUAUUUGUCUAUUUUAUCUCAAAACAGGGUUGUUUCUUUGCAAAUCAGCAAAAUUUUACAUUAUCUUUAUGUACCAUUCAAUUUUAGCAAAAUGCGAUCAAUAUUAGUUAUAUAAAACAAAGAAAAUAAAAUCAGGAUCACUUGAUCCUGAUCCUGAUCUUUUCUUUGUGAACACGGGGCCUGGUUCCCAACAUCUAUUGAUUCCAAUAUCAUAUCUAGUUUGGUUCCCAGCAUCUAUUGAUUCCAAUAUUAUAUUAAGUCUGGUUUCCAGCAUAUAUUGUUAGCAUAUACAUGUUUUUAUUUCUUUUUUAAUAAUCGAGCUAAUGCAGUCACCCAUUUGUCUGCGUCGGUGCAGGCGUCCCUGUGGUCAAGUUUUGCAUGUAAGCUGGUAUCUCCAUAGCUACUGACGGGAAUGGAUUGAAACUUCACACACUUGUUCUCUGUGAUUAUCUAACAUGAUUGACACAAGUCCCAUAACUCUGAUUUGCUUUUUUACAUAAUUAUGCCCCAUUUUCGACUUAGAAAUGUUUGGUUAAGUUUUUGCGGGUAAGCUGGUAUCUCCAUAACUACUGAAGGGAAUGGAUUGAAACUUCACACGCUUGUUCUCUGUGAUUAUCUUAGAUGAUUGGCACAAGUCCGAUAACUCUGAUUUGCUUUUUUACAUAAUUAUGCCCCUUUUUCGACUUACAAAUUCUUGGUAAAGUUUUUGCGUGUAAGCUGGUAUCUCCAUAACUACUGAAGGGAAUGGAUUGAAACUUCACACAUUUGUUUUCUGUGAUUAUCUAAGAUGAUUGGCACAAGUCCUAUCACUCUGAUUUGUUUUUUUACAUAAUUUUGCCCCCUUUUCGACUUAGAAAUUCUUGGUUAAGUUUUUGCGUGUAAGCUGGUAUCUCCAUAACUACUGAUAGGAAUGGUUUGAAACUUCACACACUUGUUCUCUGUGAUUAUCUUAGAUGAUUGGCACAAGUCCGAUAACUCUGAUUUGCUUUUUUACAUAAUUAUGCCCCUUUUUAGCUCACCUGAGCAUGCUCAGGGUGAGCUUUUAGGAUCGAUAAUUGUCUGUCGUCCGUCCGUCGUCUGUUCACAUUUAGUUGUUAACACUCUAGCGGUCGCAUUUUUGCCUCAAUCAUCAUCAAACUUGGUCAGGAUGCUUAUCUAGAUGUUAGCUCGGAUGAGUUCGAACAUGGGUCAUCUCGGAUGAGAAACUAGGUCACAAGAGCUAAAAAUAGAAAAACCUUGUUAACACUCUAGACGUCACAUUUUUGCAUCAAUCAUCAUCAAACUUGGUCAGGAUGCUUAUCUAGUUGAUAGCUCGGACGAGUUUGAACAUGGGUCAUCUCGGAUGAAAAAGUUAGAUCUAGAAAAAGUAGGUCACCAGAGCUAAAAAUAGAAAAACCUUGUUAACACUCUAGCGGUGACAUUUUUGCAUCAAUCAUCAUCAAACUUGGUCAAUAUGUUUGUCUAGUUGAUAGCUCGGAUGAGUUUGAACAUGGGUCAUCUCGGAUGAAAAAGUAGGUCACUGGAGCUAAAAAUAGAAAAACCUUGUUAACACUCUAGCGGUCACAUUUUUGCAUCACUCAUCAUCAAACUUGGUCAGGAUGCUUAUCAAGUUGAUAGCUCAGAUGAGUUCGAACAUGGGUCAUCUCGAAUGAAAAAGUAGGUCACCAGAACUAAAAAUAGAAAAACCUUGUUAACACUCUAGCGGUCACAUUUUUGCAUCAAUCAUCAUCAAACUUGAUCAAGAUGCUUGUCUGGGUGAUAGCUCGGAUGAGUUCGAACAUGGGUCAUAUCGAUAACUAGGUCACAGGAGCUAAAAAUAGAAAAACCUUGUUAACACUCUAGUGGUCACAAUUUUGACUCAAUUGUCAUCAAACUUGGUCAGGAAACUUGUCUAGGUCAUUGCUGGGAACAAAUCGAACAUGGGACAUCUCGGAUGAAGAACUAGGUCACAGGAGCUAAAAAUAGAAAAAUCUUGUUAACACUCUAGUGGCUACUGUUGUGAUCCAAAUAUUCUGUUAAUUGGUCUGAAAGUUUGUUUUGAUGAUUUCUAAGUCAAGAUCGAACAUGGGUCAUCUUGGAUGAAAAACUAGGUCACACCGCCCAAAUAUGGAAAAACCUUGUUAACAUUCUAGUGGUCACAUUUUCUACUCAAUUAUCAUCAAACUUGGUCAGGAUGCUUGUCUAUGUAAUUCCUUGGAUGAGUUCGAAAUCGCAUGUGAAACUAGGUCACCGGAGCUAAAAAUAGAAAAAUCUUGUUAACACUCUAGUUGCUUCUGUUUUGAUCCAAGUAUCCUGGAAAUUGGUCUGAAAGUUUGUUUUGAUGAUUUCUAGGUCAAGUUUGAAUAUGUGUCACCUGGGUAAAAAAACUAGGUCGCACUGCUCAAAUAUGGAUAAUCCUUGUUAACACUGUAGUGGUCACAUUUUUGACUCACCUGUCAUGAGAUUUGGUCAAAAGGCUUGUCUUGGUAAUUGUUUGGAUGAGUUUGAUAAGUCAGGUGAGCGAUCUAGGGCCAUCAUGGCCCUCUUGUUUGACUUAGAAAUUCUUGGUUAAGUUUUUGCUAGUAAGCUGAUAUCUCCAUAACUACUGAAGGGAAUGGAUUGAAAUUUCACACACUUGUUCUCUGUGAUUAUCUUAGAUGAUUGGCACAAGUCCCAUAACUCUGAUUUGCUUUAUUGCAUAAUUAUGCCCCUUUUUCGACUUAAAAAUUCUAGGUAAAUUUUUGCUUGUUUUUACUACUGAAGGGUUUGUACCUUUUCGGACAAUUUUAUGUAUUCAUAUAGGUAAGCAUUAUUAUACUCAAUAAAACACCCUUGUGACAACUUUUCGAAUAGUCGUGCCGACAGUUCUUGUUUGUAAUGGACUAUAUUAUCUUAUAAUGGUUGCUAUUCAUACAUUGUAUGUACAUUUUGUUUUCAUGUUUUUUUUGUUGUUUUUUUUCAUUAAAAUAACUUUCUGUUAUAGUUCACAAGUA